AUGCAGGAAAAGCUUCCAACUUUCUGGAAACUCCUCAGUGAGAGUGAUCAAAGGAUGUAUAGGAAAAUCCAAGAAGUUUUAAGUCAGCUAUCAACAAAAAAUAAGCGAAACACAAAAAUUGAUGAUUUUAGAGAAUUGGUUGAUGCAAUUGAUAUUUUCGAAAACUAUGAUAAAGAGUCGAAAUGGAGAAGAUGCUUAGCAUGCGGUUUAGUCAAGUUUGAUGGCGGAAUUGCUGUUAAUACUUCUCAACUAUCCAUAUUGGCACUAAGAUGCAAAACAUCCAUUAAUACCUCAUUAAAAGGAAUGGGAUACACGAUAAUAAGCGGUAACUCUAGCGAAUCAGAAGAAUUUCUUAAAGAGAUUCCUUAUAUCUCUGGAAAUCCGUCUGAAAUGAGACAAUGGACUGUAAGAUACCUAGAAGAAACCUCUUACCAAUAUCAGCAUCAAUAUAUUUCUCCUCCUGAGGGGAUAAUUCCUGAAACCCCUGUGUAUCAAGCUCUUCCAAUGAAUCAAGGACAAAUAGAAGAAAUUGUCCAAGAAAAUAGUCUUAUUAACAAUUGGGAAGAUGAUUACUCAAAUACGAAUUUUGAUUUAAUUACAUUUUAA